AAAUGAUCUCAAUUUAAUAGAAUAAAGUGAUCUGAAUUUAUUUUUAGUCUCCCCGGCCAGAUGCAACCUCUUCUUUUCGUGACUGGUAGUCUGGUGAAUACGUUUGUUGAUAAUAGUUUUCCACAAUAUUUGCAAGUUCCAACCUCCCUCUGAUGGCUCCGGAGAAAAACAAAACACCUCCCUCCGAAGACCAUUUCCUCGGUGACUUACUCAUGAGGCCUGAGCCAAAGAAUACAGACAUUCAUUGAGACGAGAAGAAAAACGUUCACCAAGAAAAAUGGGCUUUUUCUUCUCACCCAUGAUGGGAAUCUUCUCCAAAUUCACCAUUUUGCUUUUGUUUCUGCUGUUAUGCACUAACUUCACUUCAACAGAAGCCUAUGAUCCACUUGACCCAAAUGGAAAUAUCACAAUCAAAUGGGAUAUAAUGAGCUGGACUGCUGAUGGCUAUGCUGCAGUUGUUACAAUGUACAACUUCCAGCAAUAUCGUCACAUUCAAGCACCAGGGUGGUCACUGGGAUGGACGUGGGCAAAGAAGGAGAUAAUAUGGAGCAUGUUGGGAGGCCAAGCCACAGAGCAAGGGGAUUGUUCUAGAUUUAAAGGGAACAUCCCAUAUUGCUGUGAAAAGAGCCCAACAAUUGUGGAUCUAUUGCCGGGCACACCUUACAACCAACAAAUUGCAAAUUGUUGCAAAGGCGGUGUACUCAGUUCAUGGACGCAAGAUCCAGCUAAUGCAGCAAGUUCAUUUCAGCUCAGUGUUGGUGCAGCUGGAACCUCCAUUAAAACAGUCAGAAUGCCUAAAAACUUCACUCUGAAGGCACCAGGGCCUGGUUAUACUUGUGGAGUUGCAACAAUUGUUAAACCUAGUAAAUUUUUUACAACGGAUAAAAGGAGGGUCACACAAGCUUUGAUGACAUGGAAUGUUACGUGCACAUAUUCACAGUUUCUUGCGCAAAAAGCUCCCACUUGUUGUGUCUCACUCUCAUCCUUCUAUAAUGACACAAUAGUGCCCUGCCCAACAUGUUCAUGUGCCUGCCAAAGCAACAUGACCCAGCCAGGGAGCUGUGUUGAGCCAAAUUCACCACUUCUACAUUCAGUUGUUUCAGGCUCUGGCAAUAAUAGCUAUACGCCUCUGGUUCAAUGUACGAGUCAUAUGUGCCCAAUCCGAGUCCACUGGCAUAUUAAACUUAACUACCAGGCAUACUGGCGGGUGAAGAUCACAAUUACAAACUUCAAUUACAGGAUGAACUAUUCAGAUUGGAACCUAGUUGUUCAACAACCCAACUUCAACAAUCUGACCGAGAUUUUCAGCUUUUACUACAAGUCAUUAACUCCUUAUGGAGGAGCAAUAAAUGAUACUGCAAUGUUAUGGGGAAUUAAGUUCUACAAUGAUUUUCUUACGCAAGCUGGCGAUCUUGGUAACGUUCAGUCAGAGCUACUUUUUCAGAAGGAUGCGACUUUCACUUUUGAGAAGGGUUGGGCUUUCACCAGGAGGGUGUAUUUCAACGGUGAUAACUGCGUCAUGCCGCCUCCUGAUGCCUAUCCUUGGUUGCCAAAUACUGGUUCGGCGCGACACAUCUCCUCGCUUACUCUAAUCAUGACUUUCUUGUUAGCCUUCACAUUCAUGCUUGCCUAUUCCUAAAGUGUCUGCUGGAAAUACAUACGUGGAACUACAGAAAUUAAUGAAAGCAAAAUAAAAAACUGUAAGGAAAAUCACUGAACUCUUGGACAGUAAAGCGAAUAUUAAUCUGUCUCUUAAACAAAUAUUACCUCCCACUUAUACAAUAAAUUAUGAUAUUCUGAAUUUUUCGCAAGGACGAAAUUGACUCCAGGACCCAUGCAUCUGGGCAAUGACUUCCAGCAGCAGUUAAGUUGAGUUGGUGUCCACUUUGAUCUGUUUCACUAAUAUUUUAUUGUAUUGCAUAUGGGUGGGUGAAUUCACUGCCUUUUUGUUA